UUCCGGUUCCGGGUCUGGCGCGCGAUGCGGGCUCCGGCGGCGGCGGCGGCGGGGCGGGAGGGGAGGGUGGGAAAAGCGGGGAAAGCGCCCAGGAUGAAGGCGGCGAAGAAAGUGUCUAAAGCGGCCAAAGCGGCCAAAGCGACGAAUCCUAAGCGGGGGGCGAAGCGGCUGCUGGCCGGGGCGAGUGAGGCGGCGCGGCGCGCCCGCCACCUGAAGGCGCUGAGCCGCGCGUCGGGCGCCGAGCGGGAGCUGGAGGAGCUGGUGUUCGGCGACAGCCUCAAUGUGGAGGAGGACGAGCUGCUGCGGCGCCUGGCCGGGCCCCGGCGGGUUACUGCGCCAGUGGGGAAGGGCCUCCAGGGAGAGUCCAGCGAUUCGGAGGUGGAGAAUGAAGCGAAAGGUGACUUGCGGCCCAAAAAGCCGGCAUGGGUGGAUGAGGAUGAUGAAGCCGAGGAAAAUGUUGAUAUGACCCAUAAGUACAGGAAAGAUUUCAUGAAAAGUGAUGCCGAGACAACGCUUACUAAGAAAAAACUAAAGAAAAGACUUGAGGAACAGUUUCAGCAAGCCAUGGGAGGAGUUCCUGCUUGGGCUGAUCUAGAAAACAGGAAGAAAUCCCAAAGGACUUCGAGUGACAGUGAUAGUGAUGAAGAUGAUGAUCUGCUACGCAGGACUGGCAAUUUCAUAACCAGCUCAGAGUCUCUGCCAAGAGGGAUUUUGAAGAUGAGCACGUGCCUUCCUGCAAACCAGGAACGUUUUGCCAAUGGAAAACUGGUGACAGUGCAGUUUCAUCCUUCAGCUCAAGUGGUGAUGACAGCUGGGCACGACCGCUCUGUGUCCCUCUUCCAGGUGGACGGUAAAAGGAACCCCAAAAUACAGAGCAUCUAUUUAGAGAGUUUUCCAAUUUACAAGGCUCGUUUCAGUGUGGAUGGAGAACAAGUUAUAGCCACUGGCACUCAUCACAGCAUGUUCUUUGUGUAUGACAUGAUGGCUGGGAGCAUCAUCCCUAUCCCAAAAGUACGAGGUGUGGAGGAAAAAUUUCUCAGAAACUUUGAGCUCUCUCCAGAUGGAUCAUUUAUGCUGCUAAUUGGAACUUCAGGUUAUCUUCAUUUGCUGUCCAUGAAGACAAAAGAACUGAUCAGUACUAUGAAGGUGAAUGGAAGGUGCACUGCCUGUGCUUUCACCCCAGACAGCAGUAAAAUAUACAGCUAUUCAAAGGAAGGUGAAGUUUUCAUUUGGGAUGUGAGAAGUAGAAAGUGUCUACACAGAUUUGAAGAUGAAGGUUCUUUGGAAGGAAAGUGCAUUGCUGUUUCAAAAAAUAACCAGUAUGUGGCAUGUGGUUCAUCUUCUGGAGUUGUAAAUUUAUACACUACUGAUACCUGCCUCAAAGAAAACCAUCCUAAACCAGUUAAAGCCAUAAUGAACCUUGUUACUUCUGCCACUUGUGUGACCUUUAAUCCCACCACAGAGAUUUUGGCAGUGGCUUCCCGUGACACUGAUGAGGCUGUCAAAUUGGUGCACCUUCCUUCAUAUACUGUAUUCUCAAACUUCCCAGUAUUCAGAAGAAAACAGAUUUAUCUCACUCAAUCUAUGGACUUCUCUCCCAGAAGUGGAUAUUUCUCUAUAGCAAAUAACAAAGGCAAAGCUUUGUUAUUUAGGCUGAAACAUUAUUCAUCCUUCUGAAAGAAGAUACAGGAGGAAAUGAACCAGUAACUGAGGUGUUGUAACCUGCAGACACAAGGAUGCUGACAAAAUAAAAGCUUUUUUUAAUAUAUAAAUAUGGAAGCUACAAAAAAAUAAAAUAUAUGUGGUUUAAAA